UAUAAAAGUAAAAAUUAAACCGGGCUUCACAAAAACCCGAAAAGGUGACCCGUAAUCCGGAGAGAUCGAGGUAACCUGUAAACCCUUGUUUAUUGGAAUCACCAUCUCCGAUCAAACCUGCAAUCUAUAUCGGCAUCGUAAGGUGGAAAGUAUGGCUAGCCAUGAUGAGUCUGGAAAAAAAUCAAAUGAAAAUGAAGUGCCAACUUUCAACGCUGAGAAUUUGCAAAGCAACAUGAAAGUGGUAUACUACAGUCGAACGUUUAUGUCCAUCAUCGGUGGAGUGAUUGCUGGAAUAUGUGGAUUUACAGGCCUCAUGGGGUUCGUCGUUUAUGUGCUGGUCAUGGCAAUUACAUCGGUAUGUCUAACAGCCAGGGCGGGUUUUUCCAUCCAUUCAUAUUUUGACAGCUGGAACAGGGUUCUAUUGGAUGGAUUUCUAGGCGGGCUUUUGUCGUUCGUGCUGUUCUGGACAUUUGCUUAUGAUAUUGUGCACAUCUUCUAGACGAACACGAUUUGGUCUCAGCUUUUGGGUGCCCGUAAGCUUGGUUUCCUUAGUUACAAAAAGAAGGUAUCUAGAGCUCAGAUAUAAGGAUUUUAAUAUCUUGUAAUUCUUGAAAUUUUAUUUCCUGGAGACUUUAUAUAUGUUUUUAGGACAUGCAUUUUGAUUUUGAAGUCAGUAUGAUGAUAAGGAUUAUAACAGUUUUUAUAUGUAACUUGUGCUGUGUGGACUGGAGAUGAUGGUGAAAUUGGUGGUUGGGUAAUU